AUGGCAACAGCAGUAACAACAACAACACUACUCCGGCCUAGGCUCCGAAAGGAUCUCCGCAGCUCGUCGCUGGGAUCGUGCCUGGGCGAUCUAUUUUGCCAUGCUGCUGAUCACGGAGCAAGAAUAGCCAUUGCCCCCUCGCUAGUCGUCUUCUUCCUCCAACUUGAGCGCAAGAUGAGGACGGCCAUCGCUGCGGCACUGAUCGUCGCUUCCUCAAUUGCUCAUGCAGCACCACAAGGCAUCGCAAAGCGGCAGGCCGCCACGACGACAUCGCUCACGACAGCGUAUGCGCCUGGCGUAGGCACUGUCACGAUUGCGGCUGCACCGACUGGAUCUGACCUCACUGCUUCUGCGACAACGACGACCAGUGCUGCUGCUUCUGCUUCAUCUGCAUCCUUCUCUAGCGCAGCAAGUAGCGCCGCUUCCGUCGCUUCGUUGACUACAUCGACCCUCACCACAAUAACGAGCACGCUUGCGCCUGGAUCAUCUGUGACUGCGCAGCCGACGAGUGCUGAACCUACGAAAGCCAGCGCGGCGGCUGUGACCGUCGCCGCAUGUGCGCCGAAGUAUACCGGCAAUUCGAUAACGAUCACAGGCACUGGCACGUUGCCUAAGCCGACUGCUUUCGUGACCCGUUCAGGCCAGACACUGCAACUGUCCGGCAAGACCUACCGCAUGGCGGGACCCAAUAUCUACUGGCUAGGGCUGGACGAGAACGUGCAACCCAAUCCGUCAUACCCAUCGACUGCUCGAGUCCGCGAAGCAAUGGCAAUCGCAGUCGCUAUGGGAGCAAACACAAUCCGAGCACUGUCUCUCGGUAUCUCUUUCGGCAACUCGCUAUCCGUCGAGCCUACCUAUGGCACUAUCAAUGCCAAUGCAUUCAAAGCCAUCGAUUACGCCAUCUAUGCUGCUGGACAGUAUGGCCUCCGUGUUAUCUUGACACUCAAUGACGACUAUGACUAUUACACGGGAGGAAAGUACACAUUCUUGCGCUGGCUCGGUUUGUCGACGGGAAACUACGGCAAUGCCUUCUUUACCAGCUCAGCGGCUAUCACUGCUUAUCGAGCUUAUAUCAAAGCCUUCAUCACCCACAAGAACCAAUACAACGGAUUGACGUACGCUCAAGAUCCUACCAUCAUCGCCUGGGAGACCGGCAACGAGUGGGGCGCGUACAUCGGAAGAGAAGGUUAUCCGCCGCUCGCAUGGACAAACAACAUUGCGAGCUAUAUCAAAAGCCUCGCGCCAAAGCAGCUCGUCAUCGAUGGCACAGAUGGCAUCUGGAACUACACGACCAAGGUCUCCGCGCCAGGUCUGAAAUCGUCAUACAUCGACAUUGCCUCUGAUCACUUGUAUCCGCUCAACACCGGUCUCUUCAACCAAGAUCUCACGCUCGUAAAGAGCAAUAACAAGAAUCUGCUCAUCGGAGAAUUCGAUUGGACCGGUCAAAACGGCGGAGCUACGCUCUCAAGCUAUAUUUCAGGCGUCGAAGCGACUUCUUAUGUCGGCUCCAUGGCUUGGUCUGUCUUUGGACAUGACGACAACUGCUGUCAAUUCGUAAGCCAUUCUGACGGCUACAGCAUCUAUUACCCCAAUGGCAAUACUGCCGCUCUAGAAGGCAACGUAUUAGCUCUUUCUCAGCACUGGCAUCGCCUAACGGGUCAAACUCCGCCGAAGACGCUCAAAGCUGUCGCCUGCCCUCAAAAAAUCGUUUGCCGCUCAUCUGCGCAAGCUAGCCUAAGGCUAGCUCGCCGGCAAUCGUCGACAUUGGAGGCCCAGGCAGAGGCCCACUUUGGUAUCAACGGUUGCAGUCUUGCAGUCAUGUCUCACGAGCCGAAGGCCACAGCUGUUCUCCACGAGGCGACAUGCAACGAAGUGCCCGCUUCGGGAUCUGCAUGGUCUGCUGCCUGCUUCGGGGCUGUUGAUGGCAUGGCCGGCGUAGGUGGACAAGCCUCUGUGGCGCACCAGCUCGCGAGCCUGCCCGGUGUAGGCUUUGGCGAGGCUGCGCGUGAUAAUGAAAGAGCUGCCUCGGCCAGACCCACGCACAAGGACGAUCAACUCGCUGAGAUGCAAUUCAAGAAGCCGUCCGGGGGCUCGAGCCUGCUGGACAAGGCUAGCAAUCUGUCUCUUGGCGACGGUACCCCAACAGAGCAAGAUAACGGAGCCAGAGGCCGCACGACCCAGAAGCAUCUCUCUGAUAUUGUCUCUGGGCACUUUGCGGGCACGCCAGACCCUAUCGACAACUCUGAGCCUGCUGUAGAGGCACCGGCGACGUCGUCCUUUAGCAGUCUCGAUAAGCUCCUUAAGAACAACAAGGCCUGGGCAGAGGCAAAGACGAAGGAGAACCCCGACUUCUUCGCCGAACUCUCCCGUCAGCAGAAGCCAAAGCUGCUCUGGAUCGGAUGCUCAGACUCGAGAGUGCCCGCCAACCAAAUCGUAGCUCUUGAUCCCGGCGAGGUCUUUGUUCACCGCAACAUCGCCAACGUCGUCUGCCACACGGAUCCAAACUGUCUAUCUAUGGGAGAACAGGUGUUGCAAUAUGCCGUUGACGUGCUCAAGGUAGAGCAUGUCAUCGUCACAGGUCACUACGGCUGCGGAGGAGUAGCAGCAGCAAUGGGCAAUGCCAUCUUCAACGGCGUCGUCGACGGCUGGCUGCGCAAUAUCAAGGAUGUCUACGAGGAGAACGCUGACCGGAUUGAAGGAGCGUGGGCGAGAUCGCAGCCGCUCGAAAUCCACGGUUGGUGCUACAGGCUCUCAGAUGGUCGCAUUAGAGAUCUCGGCGUCAAGGUCGACUCGCCCAAGGCCAUCGACAAGGUCUAUCACGUCGCUACAAAGACCGAACCGGAGCAUUAG